AUGCCUUCUCUUGUACCGCUAGAUAUUACUCUUGGCGCUCUGUGCAUCGGCGUCAUCUUCUCAAAUAUCGUUUAUGGGAUCAACUGCAUGCAGGUCUUCCUGUACUAUACAGACCACUGUAAACGCGACGGAUGGUUCUUGAGAGCAUUUAUCGCUGUCAUGUGGAUAAUGGAGACGUUAAUCUGCGUCCUCUUGAACUACGGCAUCUACUUCUACACAGUGACCAACUUCGGGGACUAUGAUGUUCUUUUGCACAGUGCUACGGUUUGGAGCAUCCUCGUGGAAAUUGGGCUCAGCACCUUCAUAGCUCUGCAGGUGCAGUGCUUCUUUGCCCAUCGCGUCUAUAUACUUGGAAAUAAGAAGCUCACGCUUCCCAUCAUCAUCACUAUACUCUCACUCGCACAAUUCGCCCUUGGGCUAGUAUAUAUCGAUGUGUCGCUGAGCUUCAAGCGCUUCACCGGCGGCUCAAGCGACUUCCCGUAUGUCAUCAGCCUCUACGGGCUGGAGCUCAUCGCGGACACAACCAUCGCCAUCUCCUCGAUCUACUACCUUCGGGUUCGAGCCAAUCGCACGGAAAUACGAUCGACUAAGCAUAUCAUUUACGUGAUUAUCAAAUACGUCGUGAACACCUGUUUGCUCGAGGUCGUCUGUAUCAUCCCGAUCAUAGUGUUGUGGACUGCGGAUGCUUCAUCCUUGACAUAUGCUCCCUUCAUCUUUGCCCUUGCUCGAGUGUACUCUGCAUCCGUGCUAUGCUCGCUCAACAACCGCGACUACCUUCGAGAGCUUUCUACCCGUGGUAAGGGGAUGAUUACCAUGUCAAACCUUCGCGACCAGCCUUGUGGAAACGGCGUGCAAGGUGGUGUAUCGGAUUCCGAAGAUAGUAGACAGCAUCAGAUUGCCACGAACACCAUCCAGCUGGGGACGCAAAGCGUGGACACUGGUACCGAGCCUGGCACUGACUCGAAGGGUACGGUACUUGUGUGA